AUGGCUCGACUCCCCGUCGCCCUGGCGCCGACACGCGCCAGCACCUCGUGCCUCCUUUCCACCACCACCACUACCACCACACACACCACAAUAACGCCGGCGUCCCUUCGAGCCCACGCCCGUCACGCCACCUUUAUCGCGCGGCCGCGCCGGCCAUACAAGUUUACGCAAAUGGUGCGGCUCACCGACGGCUCGACGUACACGAUGCGGACGACAUCGCCCGAGCCGCUGUACCGACCGGCCAAGGACACGCGCAACGCGCUGCUGUGGCAGCCCACCGACCGGUCGCUGCGCAACGUGGAGCUCGACGAGGCCGGUCGCCUGGCGGCGUUUCGUGAGCGUUUCGGCCGCGGCUUUGAUGCGGCCAGUGCGGCUGGCGAGGAGGAGGGCGCUGCCGCUGCCGCCGCCGAGGCCGAGGCCGCGCCUGCGUCCAAGACCGAGGGAGCGUCGGGCACGGGAGACGCCUUUGCGGAUCUUCUGGCGGGGUACGCGCCCAAGGAUACGGGUGCCAUGAAGGAAAGCGGGUGGAAAAAGUCUCUUCCUGGGAAGCGCAAGUAA